GAGCCACAACAAUCCUUGCGCAACCACCGGUGCACGGCGGCAAAGGGCAAGCGUCACGUGACGGCUACGUACAAUAACCCGUGAGGGGGUGAAUGUCCGGCGGUCACCUGUAAACAGUUGCCCCGCGGUCCGCCGGGCGGCCCACGAUACCGCGGCGGCGGCUGCUGCGACCCGAGCCCGGAGCGAGCAGCCAGGUCAGUGGCCGUGAUGCUGUCGCGCAGGUGUUCCUACGUGGCGCGGUGGCUUGCCCCGCUGCCGCCGCGAUGACCCCGUUCGCUGCUGGUUAGCCAUGGCGCUCAACUUCUCGGGCGACGACUACGGCAGCUUUAAGGGCCGUCUGGGCCGUGGCUGCUCGUGGACGCGCGAAGAGACCCUACUCCUACUCGACCUCUACGAGAAGGAGCGGCUCAACGACGAGCGCGCCGACUACCCGCCGCACAAUACGCCCAAGUACCAGAAAGUGCACCAGGCCAUCUCGGGCUUCCUGGGCGCACACGGCUACAGCAGGACGCCCAUGCAAGUGCGCGAGCGACUCAAGCGGCUCAAGCGCGACUUCCGAGAGAACCGCCACGGUGAGUUCACCGACCGCGUCGGCACGAUCCUGGCCAAACGCGCCGCGCUCGGGGCGCCGGCGUCGCCUCCUAACGGGUCCGUAGUUGUCGCCGCUGUUGCCGGCGCGCACAGUUCGCCCGAGCACUCGCUAGAGGCGUGCUGCCCCGCCGUGCUGGUCAAGACGGAGCUGGGUGCGCCCGAGCAGCAGUCAUCGCUAGGUAGCACGCCGCGCAAUUCCCGGGCAGAUUGGCAGCCGCUGCCUGCAUUGCGAGUGCCCGAGCCCAGGGUGGACAAGCAACGUCUACCAGCGGAGGAACCCACCGACCGACCGGCUGCCACAGCGUCCAGCAACGGCGGCCCUCGCGCCCGCAGAACCCUGCAGCAGCGGGUGGUGCGCCUCCUGGGACAGUUACUGGCAGAGAGCCGGCGUCAGACACAGGCCGCUGAGGCCUUCCAGCAGCAGCUACUCUACCAGAUGCACCUCAUCUCCUGCUCCCUCCAGGUCCUGGCUGCAGGCAGCCCCCAGGGUCCGCUGAAGCGCGACGAUGCCAGCUGACCCUGCUGUCCGUCCCUCGACCAGCACGACUAACUGCGUACAGGGUUCUCAGCUGCUGCCCUCGAAAAUAAGUGUAGUGGUCCUUGCUUGACUGCUGACUUGACAGACCUAUAAUAUUGGACUUGUUUGUAAGGCAGUGCACUGCAAGGCAAGAUGUGAGCAAAGAGGAUAGUGUGCUGCGUGCAACAUGUGGUCUGUCCUCCAUGCUUGCAUCCCUUGUAGUGCACCAUGCAGUCACCCCUCCGCAAAAAUCCUUCUGUGGUGAUUUGCAAGUGUGCAUGGUUCUGCUUAGAAUGCAGUUGUCAUUGCAUCUCACUCUUACUGUGAGGGAAAGAUAGAUCAUGAGCCAUUACAAGACGUCGAGGUUGUUGCUGUUCUGUGGUAUAUUAUGGAUAUCUAUUUUUCUUACGGUUAAAUGCUUGGAAGUGUAUGGAGGCAGAAAUCACUUCUUUCCAACUUUUGGGAGAUAUACAGUCCACUGUGUAUAACAGCACCUUGAAGAGAAAUGUUAUUUAUGGUCAAAUGGUUGGCAAGACUAAUAUUAUAUAUGUCUACUAUGUAUACAUUAUAUUUAUUGAGGGGCAAUACUAAGAAAUGCAGUGCAUAUUGACAAAUCUGUGGUGUAUUUUUAAUGCAAUUUCUUGAGCAACCAAAGGAAUAAUUGCAGUGCAAUUGGAGAAAUAAAGCAAGUCUUUACACAUCUGG